AUGCCCAAGCCAAUCAGUGUCCCGGUGACCACCAUGGAUGCAGAGCUGGAAUUUGCCAUCCAGCCAAACACCACCUGGAAGCAGCUCUUUGAUCAGUUCUUUGCACAGGAGGUUAGAAAGGAGAACCCUGUCCAUUUCAAAUUCCGGGCCAAGUUCUACCCUGAGGAUGUGGCUGAGCAGCUCUUCCAGGACAUCAUGCAGAAGCUCCUCUUCCUGCAAGUCAAGGAAGGGAUCCCCAGCGAUGAUAUCUAUUGCCUCCCCCACACCCAGACAGCCAUGAUACUGGGGUUCUACACAGUUCAGGCCAUGUUCGGAGACUAUAACAAGGAAACUGAUCAUGGGAGUACUGAUAAAAUCUUUGUAAAUUCUGACACCUCCUUGCUCAUGGUGGCUGGUAUGGCACUUCGUUUGAGCUGA